AUGUCAUCUUCAACCUCACAAGCUACUCGAAAAUUGACUGAAGCAGAUCUUCGAGGCGCAGACCCUACCACAUACUCACCACCACCACCAAAAAACUGGAGGCUGCUGAACAGACAAGCGAGACCACAGUAUUAUGAAGGAUGGAAGACCGCUCUUGAAAAAGUAUCUUCCGAAGGUGAACUAGGUGGGAUAGAGCCAAGUCGUAUCCCUUAUAUCGCUCCCGUUCACGCUGGGGAACUUCUCGUUUCGCUCGGAAUCAAACCUGGCUUGACCCAACGACCUUACAUCCAACGAUGGACACUGGAUGAUAUUGUAGAUUACACCAACACCGUAAAAGGCCGUAUAAGAGGACUGACCGAUGAGAAAUCAUGGUGUGCGGAAGAUAAUGAGACUUAUAAAGAUCUGUACGAUAAUAAGCUCAGCAAGGAUUUGUUCUUCCUGCGGAAAAGAGAGAAUUUACGAGCAGAUGGUGGAGGGGGAAUAGCGAAAAUUGCAGAUCGAAGAAAGAUUAUGGAGGAUAUUCAUUUUUUGAGUUAUUAUGAUAGUUUAAGACAAACUCAUACUGCCAUUCCAUCGAUUAUGGAGGAUGUAACCUCCCAAGUUCAGAAUAGAAUACGGACGAUCCUGAAAGAAGAUCAUACCUCAGGUAGACAAAAGACGCUGAAGGUUUUGAAAGAUUUUGUGGAUACUAGAAAAGAGUACCUGAAUUCCUUGUAUCAAGGCGAUAAAAUCACCCUUGAUAGGCUAUCUGAUAAAACACAGGAAUUUCGAGAUUUACUAGACUCGUUUGAUAAAGAUGCUAAUGCGAGAACUAUGAAGUAUUUGGUGAAUUCUGGCAAGAUCAUGUUAGAUUACAUACCUUUUACAGAUCUGGGUAGUAUGGGAAUUGGAGUUCAACAGCUAGUAGAAAAUCCCUCGACGAUUGCAAGAGGAAAUGAGAGAAGGGGUGAUGACUUCAAGCGUCAAACUCAUACCCAUCAUACCAAUACAAGUUUCGGUAUAUCGAGAGAUACCAUGACUGAACCCGAAAUGCGAGAUAUUGCUAGACAUACCCUUCAAGAAUCCUUGGAUAAUUUCAAAUACAAUCCCGAUAGGAUCAACGUCAAAUCUGAGGGCGAAGUCAUCACAAGAGACGCUAUGAGACUAGUCCAUGAUGUCGAAAUGCUCUAUUCUGACUGGGUCGAAAAUUAUAAAGUUGAGAAUGGAUUAGAUGAUAAUGAUGUUAUUGAGCAUAUCAACAAACAUAGAUCGAAAGAUAAGUCUCAUACUGAAGAAGAAGCUACCAAAGCUGCUAAUUUGAGAAAAACACAAGGUCAAUUUGUCCAUUCCAUCAAGGAUUAUCGAUCUACCGCUCAAAAUGUAGUUGAUACGAUCAUUUCUAAAAUCAAUGAUAGGGAGUCUGAACUUGAUCAAUAUAACGAUGAAAAUCAGGAUGAUAUGGUGACGUCAAGGAUGGUAGGGGUAUUCCUGAAUAAGUUGAAAGCUGAUAGAGAUCGUAUUUCUUCUUUGGCUUUACCAUUGAGAGAUCAUUCGAAAACCUUCUUCUCGAAGGAGAAAAAGAGGUUACAUAACAGUUCUAGUGGAUAUAUCUCGAAGUCGAAAGAUCUCUUUGAGCCUUUAAGAGGAGCUUUGUCGGAAAAUGUACCAACAUGGGAACAGUUUUUGGGAUUGGGCGAGGAAGAUAGGCAAAAAGCUCAUGUGGCUUUGACAGCUCGCACAGACAACGGGAAGACCACCAAUCCCGAUUCGGUGGUGAAAUCCGAGGAAAGUAUCACGGAUACUGUUUCUCAAGCAGAGGUGGUAGAUUCUCUGGUAAAUAGCUCAGAAGAUGGUAGUCAAGAUGGAUCAAUGGCAGGGAAAUUAUCUUGGGCGGAUAUAGAUGAAGAUGAAGAUAAGGUAUGGCAAGCUCAAUUCGGAUCCCCUGGACAGAUCUCCUCAAUCUGA